ACUUUGAUAAAAAACUCGAGAGGAGACUUGGGGAGCGGUGACCGCCGACAUUAGUGAACUUCUUCUUCUCCGAUACACUGCUCCGAUCAACUCGCCGGCGACCUCUCCUUGCUAAAAACUGGUUCUAUCUGGAUCUGCGUCCACAGCCAAAGGAGAUGGGAUUGGGAUCUGAUUUGGGCAUAGUCCAAUCACCAAUUGCAGCAACAGAGAGUUCAUCUUCUGGUCAGGAGGAGUUUAUUAAAAAAGAGGCUGAAUGGGACCGAGAGAUGAUGAAGGCGACGAAAGAGAUUGAAGAGUUAAAGGCUAAUUUAAUGGCCAAAGAAACUGAAAUCAAGAUUAAAAUGAAAAAGAAGGAAAUUGAAAUAGAAGGAAUGAAAGAUGACAAUCGGUUAAUGGAGUUUGAAAUCAAGAUGAUGGAAGUGGAUAUGGAAGAUGAGGCCCUUGCUCUACAGGAGGAAAAUUCAAAGUUGAAGGCAGAGCUGAGGAGGUUGGAAGUGCUAUUGGACCAGUGGAGGAAGGCAGCAGAGGCGGCAGAGGUUCAAAUGAAAGACGAGGUCCUCGCUUUACGUGGAAAAAAUUUAGAGUUGGAGACAGAGCUGGGUAGGUUGGAAAGGCAGUUGGACCAGUGGAAGGUGGCAGAGUUUCAAAUGAAAGAUGAGGCCCUCGCUUUACAGGUGGGUAGGUUGGAAGAGCAGUUGGACCAGUGGAGGAAGGUGCAAGCGGAGGCAGUAGAGGUUCAAAUGAAAGAUGAGGUCCUGACUUUACGGGGAAAAAAUUCGGAGUUGGAGGCAGAGCUGGGUAGGUUGCAAGAGGAGUUGGACUAGUGGAGGAAGGCGGCACCUGAGAAAAGAAGGAAAGCAAGAACUUUUUGAAAAAGUUGUUGCCAAGAAGAUUGUCAUAAAAGCUUGUAAUUUGUGGGUUGCCUCUAUGAGUAGUGGGUUGGCUCUAUCAAGUAAUCUGCUUGUAAGGAAAUGGUGGUCUUUAAGAAUUCGUAUAGGGGAAGUGGGAGAGAAAAUUGAACUAAAAAUUCAUUGUCCUUUUCCCUC